AAAUUCUCUAUUCUCAAUUUUCCCUUAUCUUUCAUUGUUUACCAUUAUUCUAAGAACACAUGCGUAGAAUGUCUGAAACCUGAAACAUGAGAUAGAUAUAUAUAUUUAAAUGUUGCAGAGAAAGAGAGGAAAAACAAAAAGAGUGCAAGAAGUUCAGCUACAAAGAACCUCUCGAAAUCUCUCGAAUCGAUAUUUAUGUCCCCCAUGUGUCUGUAUAACCUUAUUUGUUUUCAUUCUACUAGAAGCGUUUAGAGUAUAUAAGUUUAUUACCAAAAUAUAGAUAGACUAAUAUAAAAGAAAUGAUAAAUAAAAACUCGGUAAAUGCUUAGUUGGAUGCACUCGCUUUAAAUUUUGAUAAAAAUAUAUUGUAAGAGAGAAAAUCCAAACAUGAAAACUAUUAAUACACAAAAUACAAAAGGUUUUAAAACAUUCUGGAUUCGCUUCGAUGCAGACAGUUCGGAUAAGCAUCAGCUGUUUUUUAAGGAACACUCUGUAAGAAAUCAAGAACCUGAAUAUCCCAGGAACCAAACUCUCUUUGUAUUAAAUGUACCACCGUAUGCAACCACUGACUGUUUGAAACAUGCAUUUACUAAGCUUUGUGGAGAUGUAAAUUUAAUUACAUUUUCGAAAGCAAAAGGAUUCAAAACUGCAUAUAUUGUUUUUAAAGAAGAAUCUUCCUUGGAUAAGGCGAUGGAACUGUCAGAAGACUGCGUCAUCACAUUGAAUAAUGAUGAAAAUAAAUGCCUUACAGGAUUAAAAAGAUGGUGCAAAGAAUACAAUGAUUCUUUGUGCGACGAGGAAAUAACAAAAAAAGAAAUUGAGGAAUAUUUAACUUUGUAUGAUAAGCAGGUAGAGGAUCGCAUUGCGAAAGAACAGAUUGCAGAAGAGGAAGAUGAUGGCUGGGUAACCAUAGCAGCUGGAAAGAAAAGAGGACAAUUUGCACCAUCUAGGAAAGAAUCUACUAUUGGCAAGGUGCAACAAAAGGAAGAACAACGCAAGAAAAAGAAACAAUUACUUAAUUUCUACACUUUCCAAAUUCGCGAGGCAAAGAAGCAGAAUUUAGCAGAAUUACGAAAGAAGUUUGAAUUGGAUAAGAAGAGACUGCAGGAAUUAAAAUUAAAGCGGACAUUCAAGCCAUUUUAGGCUAAAAAUUAAAUAUUAUUGUACAGUAGUUAAUAUAAUUAAGUUCAAUAAAAUCGCAUCUUUUUUAUGUACAAACAGUAAUUAUUAAAUUAUCUGUGAAAU